UUCAUGUUUAUAAAUCUGUAGCUUAGCAACCAAAUGUGUAUACAAAUUAUUUUAAUGUAUUUUCAUUAGCUAUUAAACUUGAUAUUGAAUAAUUAAAAUGGUUGAAAAUGUAAAACCUGAAGUGAUUAAAAAAACUCAAGAUUUACUUAUGCCAUAUUUUAAUAAGCCUCCAUUAACAGUGAAAUUACUAAAGAAACCACCAUUUCGAUUUCUUCAAGAUAUAAUUUUAUCUGUAAUAAAAACAACUGGAUUCUUAAAUGGUGUAUUCACAGAUGAAGAAUUAAAUCCAGAUAAUGUGAAAAACAGAAAUAUGAAAAUUAAUUUUUUAAAUAAAUUGAUUUAUGUUGUAGAAUCUACUACUGGAAAUCAUUUGUCUAUAAAAACUAGUAAAAUAAUUGCUGGCUUAGAACCAACAAAAACAAAUGAACUUUUACAAUUAAUUGGUAAAGCUAUACAACAGCAAUUCUACGUUCACUUCUUGUGGGAGAGAGCGAAUUAUUCUAUUACAAUGAUGUGGUUGCUUCUUGGCGGGAAUGUCGUUGAUGAUGUUAUGGGGAUCAGCAAUGGAUUUUGUAUAUUCCUUGAAGGGGAAUGUGGCUUAUUAGGUUCCAUGCUGACGUUGUAUAGAUCAGCAAGAAUAAUCAACCAUGUUCAUCAGUUAGCAGAGAGAAUCGACCAUGCUCAUGAAGGGAGUAUGGGAAUGUCUUUAGAACAAUCGACCAUACCCAUAAGGAGAGUAUAG